AUGCUCUACUGCUCGCCAGCCUGUCAAGAACGCGACUGGCUCUCCAGCCACAAGCUCGCCUGCAAGCCCUACGCCAAAGCCAUCAAACAACCCAUUGGCAAAAACAUGCGGCGCGUUUUACACUUCCCCGCCAAUUCAGCCAAACCUAUCUUCUCCGUUCUGGCGUUCGACGAGGAAGGUACGGUAAGCGGCCUUGACUACCAUUUCCCCGGUGUGCCGGCCCAGGAGAUCAAGAAACUAUCAUUCCACAACCGCUACUUUCCGUAUUUCAUCCAGAUCAAUUACGACAUGAAUGUGAAGGGAGAGCGUGCACUCUUCGAGAACAAGAGCCUUGGACUGCCGUUUCGCGGUCCAGUCGUCGUUUUGGCAUAUGACCUGGAUAUUGCGCUCAGUGGUCCAGCGUUGAAUGCUGAUGCCUCGAUCAUGCGGCCUUUGAUGGAGUACGUUGAGCUAUUACGCGAGUACGAUGGACCGAAAUUCGUGGAGCAGCCGCAACGGAGGUAUACAAAGGCAGAGUUGGACAUUAUUAUGGGAUCGGCAUCUUCGUCUGGUGGAGAAAGGGCAUGA